AUGUAUAUUAUAUCUAUCCACUCCGCCACCCACAGACAGCAACCCACAGCUAGACACUCCGCCACCCACAGAAAGCCACUCCGCCACCCACAGACAGCCACCCACAGACCGCCACUCCGCCACCCACAGACAGCCACCCACAGACCGCCACUCCGCCAUCCACAGAAAGCCACUCCGCCAUCCACAGACAGCCACCCCGCCACCCACAGACAGCCACCCCGCCACCCCGCCACCCACAGACAGUCACUCCGCCAUCCACAGACAGUCACUCCGCCACCCACAGACAGUCACCCCGCCACCCACAGACAGCCACUCCGCCACCCACAGACAGCCACUCCGCCACCCACAGACAGCCACUCCGCCACCCACAGACAGCCACUCCGCCACCCACAGACAACCACCCCGCCACCCACAGACAACCACUCCGCCACCCACAGACAGCCACUCCGCCACCCACAGACAGCCACUCCGCCACCCACAGACAGCCACCCCGCCACCCACAGACAACCACUCCGCCACCCACAGACAGUCACCCCGCCACCCACAGACAGCCACUCCGCCACCCACAGACAGCCACUCCGCCACCCACAGACAACCACUCCGCCACCCACAGAAAGCCACUCCGCCACUCACAGACGGCCACUCCGCCACCCACAGACGGCCACUCCAUCACCCACAGACAGCCACUCCGCCACCCACAGACAACCACCCCGCCACCCACAGACAGCCACCCCGCCACCCACAGAAAGCCACUCCACCACCACAGACAGCCACUCCGCCACCCACAGACGGCCACUCCAUCACCCACAGACGGCCACUCCGCCACCCACAGACGGCCACUCCAUCACCCACAGACAGCCACUCCGCCAACUGCAGACAGUCACUCCGCCACUGACAGCCAGCCACUCCGCCACCCACAGAAAGCCACUCCACCACCACAGACAGCCACUCCGCCACCCACAGACGGCCACUCCAUCACCCACAGACGGCCACUCCGCCACCCACAGACGGCCACUCCACCACCCACAGACAGCCACUCCGCCACCCACAGACAGCCACCCCGCCAUCACGUCUUUCGUGCCCGUUCGACGUUUGUAG